AUGGCCGUCGACUCUGCCGCUCGCGACGGCGCCGAGAAUGCGGGCCACUUUGAGGUCGAAAUCCCCGUAACGGCCGAGGAGGUCAUGACAUUCUCGCCGACUCCCUCGCACUCGCGCGCACCUCCAUUUAUCAGCGGACUUUCUGGCCAGGAUGCUACAGAGUCUUCUCCUUUGCUUGCGAACAAGAAGGAACGGAAGCCGUUCUACCGGCCGAGACCACUGUGGAUCGUACCGUUUGCCUUACUCAGUUCCAUCGCACGCGGAAUGACAUUGGCACCCCGGGUCCAAGUGUACACGCAACUAUCAUGCAAUGCUCUCCACCAGAACUAUAAUCACACUCGUCACCGGAUGGACGAAUAUCUAUUCCCCGCAUCAGCAUCAGCACUUUCUUCACCAUUAACGUCCAACUCGAGCUUCCACGUCUCAUCCUACGAGCAUGACUACAACCAGCCUCUUCCCAUCAUAUUUCCCGAAUUACCAUCCUCGCCUCGAUCUCACCCGCCGGUACGCGAUCCUUCGACGGUCUGCGCCACGGACCCCGCAGUACAGGCGGGUGCUGCGCGAUUGCAGACGGCCAUUAUGACCACAAUGGGCGUGCUCAGUGCGAUCACGACGGGGUGGUGGGGCCACUUCAGUGAACGGAAAGGACGGACGAGGGUGUUGGCGGCAUCGUCAUUUGGUUUGCUCGUCACUGACCUCGCCUUCCUGCUGUCUGUCCAAUCCUCGUCCUCGAGCCUCUUCGUGGCGCAAUGGAUACCGCCACACAUUAUCCUUCUCGUCGCACCCUUCGUUGAGGGUCUCCUUGGCGGUUUCACGACCCUCACUGCAACAACGUCUGCGUACAUCUCCGACUGCACGUCUGACGGCUCGCGUGCAUCAAUAUUCUCCCGCUUUGCCGGUGUGAACUACUUGGGCUUUGCUGUCGGUCCCGUACUAGGCGCCCGCAUCUUGAGAUGGGCUGCCGCUCGCUCAAUCCACGCGCUAGGGAAGAAUGUCAACGGACCCGCGGAUGGCGUUCCGGGUGUCGCGCCAGUCUUCUACGCGGCUAUCGCAGCUACUUUGCUCAACUUCUUCUUAUCGGUCUGCGUCUUCCCCGAGAGCGUACACAAGGCUCGCCGGCGCGCAGCCGAGAAGCUCGCGAAGACCACGGGCAUUCCGGAACACGAGGUUCUCGCGCCGAAACAGCCCAGCCUCACGAAGCGUCUCUUCGGACCACUUGCGGUCUUCUCGCCCAGCAAGGCGCUCGCAGCGUCUAACGGCCGCGCGGGCCGCGACUGGAGUUUGACGUGGCUUGGCGUCGGGCUGUUGUGCUAUCUCCUCAGCGCGGGCUUGUUCCAAAUCAAGUACUUGUUCGCGGAGCAUAUGUACGAUUGGGACUCGGAGACGCUUGCGUACUACGUGAGCUAUGUCGGAGGAGUGCGCGCGGUCAAUAUGCUGUUCAUCAUGCCCGCGCUUAUCUCGCGCUUCAAGCCGGCGGUCGUCCCCACGGCACCGGGCGCCGCACCAGCUCCGCACAAUAUCUCCUUCGACCUUCGCUUGGCCAAAUACGCGCUGUUCCUCGACGUGCUCUCGCACUUCCUCGUCUCUUUGCCCAUUACCAACGGAACAAUCCCCUUCGCGGCAUUCACUGGACUAUCAUCAUUGGCAGCGGCCGUCGUCCCAUCCGUUCACUCUCUCGCGUUGAACCUGUUCAACCGCAACCCGCACAACGUCGCGACUGGCGUCGGCGCUCUCUUCGGUGCUCUCAGCUUCAUACAAGCGCUGGGCCAGAUGAUCUUUGGCCCUCUCAUCUUCGGUACCAUCUACUCCGCCACUGUUGCGACAUUCCCCAAAGCCAUCUUCGUCCUGGCUGGCGCACUCGUCACAGUCGCUCUCGCGGCGCUUAUGCUCAUCAGCGGUGGCGCCAAGCCGGAGAAGGCAGUUACGCCGAGCAAGAAGGCGAAGGGCAAGGCGAAGGCGCGCGCGAGGUACGAGGAGCGCGAGCGAGGACGGAGUCGGGCGGUCAAGCAUGUUGGCGAUAGAAACGAUGGGCAGAGGUCAGCGGGAGAGGGCAGUGAGGCCGGAACGUCAUAUGGAACGUUGGCGUCGGGCUCUGGAUCUGGGUCAUCCUCUGCCGUAUAG